AAGAAGAAGAAAAGAGGAAACGGGAGUAAACAAACAGAAACCACAACAGAAGAAGAAGAACGGGAGCCUGGCGGCGCAGCGGAGAACCGGAGCGGCAGCCCGGGGCGCCGUGUGACUGCAGGCCGGCCUGUGAGCGUCUGUCAGCGGGAAGCGGAAUGAGGCAGCCCGGGGCGUCGUGGCCGCUGUGACCGGGAUGACGGAGGCUGCGGCCGGGGCGCCGCGGCGGGGCGGCCGGUCCGCGGAGACCUGGAAGAGACACAUCAUCGGUCAGCUGAAGCACCGGGACCGGAGCCAGCACGCCAAGUUCCAGGACCUGAUCCGCCUCUACACGCAGCUGUUGGAGAAAACCAGUCUGACCAAAGGAAUGCUGAGCUGCUCCCUCAGAUGUCCCUCCGGUGGCAGCGGCUCCCUCUCAUCUUUGCUUCACCAGAACAACCAGCUGAAGAAAACCACUGGAGAGCUGGCCUAUCAGGUGUUGGAGCUGCAGCAGCAGAUUAAAAUCAAAGAGGUCGUUCUGGACGAGCAGCAUGCCAGACUGUCGGAGGCGGAGCGUCGGCUGGCGUGCGAGCUGGACGCUCGUCAGGAGCUGCAGGGCCGGGUGGAGCAGGUUCAGGGGGAGAACGGGGCGUUGAAAACGGAGUACGACGCCCUGCUGGAGCGCCAGAGAGAGGCGGAGUCAAGACUGCGAGAGGAGAAGGUCAGAGGGGGACACCUGCUGGAGGACAUGAUCCACCUGAAACAGCAGGCCGCCGCCCGCAUGAACAGCCGCAAUGAGCGCAGAUCCAGGUACCUGUACGCACCCUGAGCGCCACACCUGUUCAUCUCACCUGUUUACCUCACCUGUUCAUCUCACCUGUUCAUCUCACCUGUUCACCACACCUGUCCAUCUCACCUGUUCAUCUCACCUGUUCAUCUCACCUGUUUACCUCACCUGUUUACCUCAC